AUGGCAUCAAGUGUCAGCAAUCAGGACGUCGGCUCCUUUCGAGCUAUUGCUGCUCUGGUGAUUUUCUGCUUGGCUAUCGUGCUGACUAUCUUCUUGGUCUUCAAGGCUGUGGUAUGGCGAAUACCUGUGCCGGGGCGGCAGCCCUUCAUGAUUUCAGUAAAAUACUAUGUUGCGCCCGUCGCUGCCGUACUUGCUAUGCUGGCGUGCACGUCAAUGUCCAUAGCUGACGUAGGCCGGGGGCUGCUCGGAAACAGCCAAAUCCAGCCCUACGGCAUCCUCAUCCUCUUCAUGAGCAUGGCUUACAUCGCAGGAAGCCUGGACGCAACAGGGGUCUUCGCCUGGUUGGCCCUCAAGUUCACCACCAUGUCUGGUGGCCGGGGGCGCGUGCUGUUUCUGUUCUACUUCCUGCUGUCGAGCUUCAUUACAACAUUCACGUCCAACGAUGUCUGCAUCUUGACCUUGACGCCCAUCGUGUGCUACUUCGCCAAAGCGACGGGUGUGGACCCCAUGCCAUUCCUGUUCGCGGAGUACGCCGCAGCCAACACGUUCGGCGCACUGCUUUACACGGGCAACCCCACCAACAUCAUCGUCGCGGACGCUUACAACAUGACUUUCUUGGGCUAUAGCAAGUACAUGUCCCUGCCAACAUUCGCCGCUGGACUCGCGUGCUUCGCCAUGCUGCUGUUGGAGUUCCACCGCAACAUUCCGGCGUCGAUUCCACUGCCCACCGUCGACGCGUCACACAUGCUGCGUGACAAGCUGGGAGCCGUGUUGGGCUCGGUCAACAUGCUGACCUGCCUGGGUCUGCUGGCGGCGGCACCGUCUCUAGGUUGGGCCAUGUGGGCCAUAACCCUCGUCUGCGCCGGCGUCCAUUGCGUCUACAACAUUUGGGCAUUUCGGACAUCACUACUGCACGUGCCGAUCGGCGAGUGCUGGACGUGCGGUUGCGCCAAACCCGACCAUGAAGCGUCUGCCACUCGCGAUGGCAGCGGCGGCAGCGACGCAGCCGUGGCCGCAGCAUCCGGACUCGCGGCAAGUUGUAAGAUGGACCAGUCGACGUCGUCAGGGUCGGGCGACGGGGCCUUUGCGGUGGGCAGUGGCGUCGUCGCGGAGAAAGCCGGCAUGGAGACCGGCGUGCGCCAGGCGGCUGGGCUGUUGGCCAAUGGUCGCGGCGACAGGGACACGGCCUUCAUGGUGGAGGAGGCGAACGAGGCCAGGGACAGCGGCAUCAACGCCAGUCCCAUGUCACCAUCUGAGCUCGCGUGCGGCCGCAACGGCACCGGGUCUAAUGCAGGCGGCAAGGUGGACUCGGUGGAUCGAAACGUCGCCGCCCGUGGCCCCGGCUGUUGCGCAGAUGCAGCAGCACCAGCGGCCGAAAAUAGCCGCGACCAGCAGGGUGACAUCCGUCGGUGCUUACGAUCUGCCGCAGCUGGGCACACGCCGGCAUGCUUGCGCGUUUCAUCUGGAUCAGAGGCGGAGGCUGCUCAAAGAGGGCCUGCAGAGCUGCCCCCAGUAACAUCGGUGGUGUUGGCAGAGGAGAAUGGGGAACGGGCCGCAGGUGGGGCCCGCAUUGGGGCCCCACAGCAGCAGUCGGAGCAACCACUGCCGCCGGUGAUGACGGUGGACUCGUUGCGCGGCAAGGCGCCUACCUUUUGGGCGCUCUUUUUUGAUUUGCCUUGGGAGGUUGUCCCGUUUGCGCUGGGCAUGUUCGUCUUGGUGGAAGGCCUCUACGUGCAGGGCUGGCUGAACGUGUUUGGCAACGGCCUGGGGAGGAGGAGCACAGAGCUGCCGGCUGCCAUCUUCAUCAUGGGAUUCUUGUCAGUGAUACUUGCCAACACCAUCAACAACCAGCCAAUGACCAUCUUGCUUACGCGCGUGGCGCUCGACGCCAGGUAUACGGCAAAUGUGGGGCAUGGCAACACCCACAAGGCGGCUUUGUUUGCGUUGGUCCUGGGAAGCAACAUCGGCGCAGUGUUUACCCUGAUCGGAGCCCUCGCAGGCAUCCUCUGGUCCAACAUCAUUGGCAUUCAUGGCCUGAAGAUAAGCUACGCGCAUUUCUUCACGGUCUGCAGCCCGGUGGGCUUUAUGACACUGGUGGCCUCGUUGCUAACCUUGUGGUUUGAGUUCGCUGUGUUUCCGCAUUCGGAUUAG